AUGGUCUUCAUCUUCCUCUUCUCGCUCAGCAACUCGUACAUCAACACGACCGCCGCGCCGUACGUGGCACUCUACUGGGCCAAGGUCGAGACGCUCAACACGGCGUUGACGAGCAUUUUGGGUAGCCUCGUCUUUGCGAGCGUGCUCGCGGCCACGGGCAAGUAUGGAACCCAGUGGAACUGGCGCUACGCGCUCGUGCUCAUGGCCGUCGGUGCGAAUGUGAUUGAUGCGGUCGCGGUCUAUUGUCCCAUCUACGACCUGCCGUUGGGCAUCAACUUUGUCGUUGGUACGUUUGUCAUCAUCGAGCUCGCCGACGAAGGUAGCGAAGGUGUCAUGUACGGCCUUUUGACGACGAUCGCAAACCUUCCGGGCGUCUUUGGCCCGCUGCUUACCGUCCCCGACGCCCACUUUGACGUUGGGAGAGAGCGUAUUGCGCUCGAUGCGCCCGAGACACGGAACCACGUCGCGUACACGUAUGUGAUUUCGUACGCUGCAACGGGUCUCGGCUGCCUCUGCGUCUUUCUCUUGCCAAGCCAGAAGGCCGCAGUCGCCGACCUCAAGGCACUUGUCCGAGCAACGUUGGAAUCAAAACACUAAGUCUCGUAGCGCGUUCGAGUAGUCUGCGUUUGCAAACCACCUUAAGCGUUC